AUCGUUGAAAAGAUCACUAAGGCGUUGCAGCACUAUCAAAGAUCGAUUAGACGUAUGAAGCAUGAAGAAUAUGAGAUAGUGGGAUACUGCAGAAAGUCACCUGACAAUGAAGCAGCGCGAGAUAGGCUGCGGCUGAUGCAGCACAUGGUUGGUCGUCUUCGAGAGCGGUCAUUAGUUGAUAAGGUCUUUGUUUCUCUUUCUUGCAAGUCGAACCAACCCAUAAGCGAGCGCGACUGUUACACAGAAAAUGAGGACAUGAGUACCUUAAGCACAAUUAUAGAUGGAUCAAUGCUUUAA